AUGAAUAGAUUUCAAAAUCUUUUGAUUUCCAUCAACAUAGCUUCAAAACUUUCUGGAUUUAUGUUCAUUUCAUUUGAUUUUAAAUCUAAGAGGAUUGACUUUGUGGACAACUAUAUGGACAAAGUACUUUUCGUUUUGAGUUUAUUGUUGAGUUGCCUAGCUUAUGUGUUUUAUGAUGGAUAUUUCGAUCUUUACAACAUCGUUCAAUCUCAAAUUGUUGUCAGUCUACUUGAAAUGAACAAUAUUUUGACAGUGCUGACAAAACUUCAAUAUUUAGCAAUAUUAUCAAGUGCUUUUUUUCACUUUAUUACGUUGGUGAUUAAUAUAGUUGUCAAUCACAUAUUUAUAACGAUAAAAUGA